AUGAUGGGUUUGGCCAGCAGGAUUAGAUUGCGCUUCAGGGGUCCUGUUCAUGUCGUCCCCAUUCGGGCGGUGCACGAAAUUGCGUGCGCGAGCCAGAUACGCAAUGGCUGGAUCUUGGUCAAUGCAAGCCACCCGUUGCGGGCGGGCGUGGUGGUGUUGUGCCCCAGAAUAGUAGCCGAGACCCGAUUCGACUCCAAGGGGGAGGCAGUUCGUCUGAGGGCCUUGCGGAGCGUUUCACGGCCUCAUCCUUUGACGUCCAGCAACCCCCCCGCCACCGCACAUGUCAAGCUCGAGCCGGAGCGUGCGACACAUGCCAGACUGAUCAGACUCAUGCUGACUGUCCAUUUGCAUGCCGGCAGCGGACUACUAGAGUAG